AUGCCGAAAGAGUCCCUGCGCCGGGACAAGUGCGCAUCAGAUAUGAAUGAAACGGAGGGCUCUGUUUUCUUGGUGGAGCUUGGUCAGAGAAAGAACAUGGGUUGCUUUUGUUGCGCUGGGAAAUCAAGCACCAAUUCGGAUACUGAAGACUAUGGCCAUAACUUCGACCAGAAACCCUCCAAUUUCACGGCCACAGAAAGCGUCAAAGUUGAUUUCAAAGUGAAUGGGAAAAAGGAAGAUGGUUCUAAAGGUGAUCAACUUGCUCUGGACGUGAAGAAUUUAAAUUUGAAAGAGGAGGUUUCCCAGGAUGGGAAAGAUAAUGGCAAUCGGGCGCAGUCAUUCAGUUUUAAUGAACUUGAAGCUGCGACGGGAAAUUUUACGGCAGAUUGCUUUUUGGGUGAAGGAGGCUUUGGCAAGGUUUAUAAGGGACACUUGGAUAGAAUAAACCAGGUUGUAGCAAUAAAGCAACUUGACCCUAAUGGACUUCAAGGGAUUCGGGAAUUUGCUGUUGAAGUGUUGACACUGAGUUUGGCAGACCACCCUAAUCUUGUCAAGUUGAUUGGAUUUUGUGCUGAGGGAGAGCAGAGGCUAUUAGUUUAUGAAUUCAUGCCAUUGGGGUCUUUGGAGAAUCAUUUGCUUGAUCUUCGGACUGGGAGUAAAGCACUGGAUUGGAACACUAGAAUGAAAAUAGCAGCUGGUGCAGCUAGGGGUUUGGAGUAUCUGCAUGAUAAAAUGAAGCCUCCUGUCAUAUAUCGGGACUUGAAAUGCUCUAACAUUUUGUUAGGAGAGGGAUAUCAUCCUAAGUUGUCAGAUUUUGGCUUGGCAAAAGUAGGCCCAAGUGGUGAUAAGACCCAUGUUUCAACAAGGGUUAUGGGUACAUAUGGGUAUUGUGCCCCAGAUUAUGCAAUGACGGGUCAGUUGACAUUUAAGUCAGAUAUUUACAGCUUUGGGGUUGUUCUUUUGGAGCUUAUUACAGGCCGGAAGGCUAUUGACCAUAUGAAACCUGCCAAAGAACAAAAUCUAGUUGCAUGGGCAAGACCCUUGUUCAGAGAUAGGAAAAAAUUUCCCCAGAUGGUUGACCCUUUACUUGAAGGUCGAUAUCCCGUGAGAGGCUUAUACCAAGCUCUUGCCAUUGCUGCAAUGUGUGUUCAAGAGCAGCCUAAUAUGCGACCUGUUAUAGUUGAUGUUGUUACAGCUCUAAAUUACCUAGCUUCUCAGAAGUACGAUCCUGAACAUCAUCCGGCACAAAGCUCUAGAAGAAGUCCACCUUCUCAGGUAAUGCAAAGGGAUGAUGAUGAUGAACGUAGACUUAUUUUAACCUCGGAGCAUGGAACAGACAGAUCUUAA